GCGAGAGACCGCGCGCGCGAGUGGUCGCUGCUAUCGGCUUGGAGCGGCGCGGCCGCGGUGUGUGAUGCGAGCGGGCCGGCCGCCAUGGCCACGCUCGGCCUGUCCAAGGUGUUCAUUCUCGACAAGUAUUUUACUGAGCUACAAAAGUUCUGGGAGACGGAGAAGAAGUUGCAAGACGCAUCAUCAUCGAAUGAGGCCGUGCACCUGCAGCGCCGGCUGCUGAGCCUCAGCUCGGAGCUGGUGACGCUCCGUAACCACCUGCACGUGGGUGGCGCCGGGGCGGCGGGCCCAAGCGUCGGAGCUACAGGAUCAGCGAGCGGCAGUGCGCAGCCGGCGGUGCCUCCGCGCGCGCCGCUCCUGCCACCGCCCUCUGCGCCAGCGCCGCCGCCACCCGCGCCACCCGCCGCCGCGCCGCACGCGCCGGUUGCACCCCAUCCCUCCCUGCAGCCGCCGCCGACGAGAUGGCGCGGCGGUGCGGGGGCGGGGGCGGGCGCAGGGCACGGCGCGGGGCAGGGCGCGGCGGCAGACGACCUGAUCCACCUGCGCGGGCCGCUCACCGAGGACGCAGUGGUUCGCGCGCUGCAGGCUCGCUUCUAUCAGAACAAGUUCUACACGUCCGUAGGCCCGAUCCUGGUCGCCAUGAACGCGUACACGGAUGCCGCUAACGCGCUGACGCCGGCGGCGGCGCGCGCGCAGCGCCCGGAGCUGGCGCGGCUGGUGCACGACGCGGUGCGCCACCAGGCCGACACCGGUUGCCCGCAGGCCAUCAUACUUUCCGGCGUGUCGGGGUCGGGCAAGACGUACGCGUCCAUGGUGCUACUGCGGCGGUUGUUCGACGUGGCGGGUGGCGGGCCGGAGACGGACGCCUUUAAACACCUCGCGGCCGCCUUCACCGUGCUGCGCUCGCUGGGUGCCGCCGGCACGCUCGCCAACUCCCACUCCAGCCGCAUCGGUCACUUCAUCGAGGUGCAGGUGACGGACGGCGCCCUCUACCGCACCAAGAUCCACUGCUACUUCCUGGACCAGACGCGUGUCGUGCGGCCGCCGCCCGGCGAGCGCAACUACCAUAUCUUCUACCAAAUGCUGGCUGGCCUGACGCCCGACGAGCGCCUGCAGCUGCACCUUGACGGCUACUCCGCGCAGGACCUGCGAUAUCUGACAUCCUCUCAACAUCGAAGGCCCGAGCCGGAGGACGCUGCGCGCUUCCACGCAUGGAAAACGUGCCUCGGCAUCCUCGGCAUUCCGUUCCUGGACGUGGUGCGAGUGCUGGCGGCGGUGUUGCUGCUCGGCAACGUGCAGUUCGGAGAAGGCGCAGAGGGCGCGGCCGAGCCCGCCGGCGAAGCGGAGCUAGCGGCCGCCGCCUCGCUGCUGGGAGUCGCAGCGCCGGCGCUGUUACGCGGGCUGGCGUCCCGCACGGCGCCGCGACACGCGCGCCCCCAGGUGCGAGGCGCGGCGGGCCCCGCGCACGCCGCCUGCGCGCGCGACGCGCUCGCCAAGGCGUUGUACUGCCGGACGGUGGCCACCAUCGUGCGGCGCGCCAACUCACUCAAGCGACUGGGCUCCACGCUCGGCACGCUCUCCUCGGACUCGAACGAUUCGGUGCGAGAUCAGGACGCGGCUUCGCGGCGCGCCUCCACGGCGGGUGGACGGUCGCGCGCGGGCGCGCAAGGCAUGGCGGCCCUCAACGACGCGGUGCGUCACGCGACCGACGGCUUCGUAGGCAUCCUGGACAUGUUUGGGUUCGAGGAUGCGGCGCCCAGCAGGCUCGAGCAUCUAUGCGCCAACCUUUGCGCGGAAACGAUGCAGCACUUCUACAACACGCACGUGUUCAAGUCGUCUGCGGAGUCGUGCCGCGAGGAGGGCGUGGCGGGCGCGCUCGAGGUGGAGUACGUGGACAACGUGCCCUGUAUCGACCUGGUGUCCUCGCUGCGCGCCGGCCUGCUCGCCGCGCUGGACGCCGAAUGCGCCGCGCGCGGUUCGCCCGAGCACUACGUCGCCAGGAUCAGGACCGCACACAGGGGACACCCGCGGCUGGGCGAGGCGCGGCCGCCGCACGCGCGCCGCUUCGCCGUGCGCCACUACGCCGGCGAGGUGGUGUACGACGCGGCCGAGUUUCUGGAUGCCAACCGCGACUGCGUCCCCGACGCCUUGCUCGCCGCCUUCGACUCGCGCUGCUGCGAGUUCGGCUUCGCCACGCACCUCUUCGGCACGGAGCUGAAGGCGCUGGCUGCGAGCGGCGGCGCGACGGGCGCUCUGUUCCGCGCCUCGCCCACCGCGCUGGCGGCCGCCGCCCCCACCGCUCCCUCCGCGCCCGCCGUGCCCGCCGUGCCCGCCUCCACGCUCACGCAGGACUUCCACACGCGGCUGGACAACCUGUUGCGCACGCUGGUGCACGCGCGACCGCACUUCGUGCGCUGCCUUCGCGCCAACGCCGCCGAGACCCCCAUGCUGUUCGAGCGCGCCGUCGUCGCGAACCAGGUGCUGCGCGCUGUGGCCGCGGCCGCCGCACCGCCCGCGCCCUCCUCCCCGGCGGCCGUGCGCUGGGCGCUGGGCAAGCGCCACGUCUUCCUCAGCGAGGCGAUGCGACAGGUGCUGGAGCGAAUGAGGCGCGCGCGGCGGCAGGCUGCGGCCGAGUGCAUCCAGGCGGCUUGGCGGCGGCACCGCGCCCGCGCGCCCCGCACCGCCGCGCCUGCGCCCCCGCAACGUCCGCGCCCCGCGCCCAUUACGGGCACGCCGCCGCCCGACCCUCCCGGCCCGCCCGGCCUGACCGACCCGGCCGACCCGUCCGACAAGUGCGACGCCACCCUCGUCAAGCGCACCUGCUCGCUCUUCGGACUCGACCUAGAGCGGCCGCCUCCCCUGCCGCCGUCGCGAGCGUACACGGUGUCGAACGGCGUGAAGCUAGGCUACCCGCAGCAGCGCGUGCUGGCCGCCGACUGGGCGGACGAGAGCGGCGCGCUGCGGCUGCGCGCCGGCGACACCGUGCUGGCGCUGGGCGCCGCGCGCCGCGGCCACGUCGCCGUGCAGGUGCUGGGCCGCACGGUGCCGGUGCCGCACAGCGUGCUGGCGCCGCCGCGCGCGCUGCGGCCCCGCGCGCCCCCCGCGCCCCACGCUGCCACCCCCGCGCUCACCUGA